UUUCUCCGUGUCGGAGAAGUGCUCCGAUUUCUGCCAGGAUGACCUGGCGGACGACGACAUCAUGCUGCUGGACAACGGCCGGGAGGUUUACAUGUGGGUGGGAACCCAGACAAGCCAGGUGGAAAUCAAGCUGAGCUUGAAAGCUUGCCAGGUGUACAUCCAGCACAUGCGCUCGAAGGCGGCCGAGCACCCCCGGAAGCUGCGUCUGGUGCGGAAAGGCAACGAGCCCCAUCCCUUCACCCGCUGCUUCCACGCCUGGGGCGUCUUCCGCAAGCCGCCCGCCUAAGGAGCCGCGGGGGAGCACCUGCCCUGCCGGAGCGGCUGGAGCCGGCAGCCAGCCCGUAGGUCCUCUGCAGCGUGACGCUUCCCCAAGGGGAGGAACAGAACCUGCCUCUGCCCUCUAGGGCCAUCUGCCCCCCUCACCUCCCCCCGCUGCUUUGCUGCUGUUGCCGUCUCUCGCGCAGGGGCUGGUUCCUAGCCGGGUGCUUGGCCUGGAGCUGCCCUUCUCUCGGAGAGACACCCCGAGGGGCGUGGGGAGCAGCCCGCGGUGCUGAAGCUAUGUGACUAAAACUUCCCAGCCUGGCCUGUUACAUGCUGCACCUCACCUGCCCUAAGGGGACAAGGCCCAGCUCCUCUGCUCUGGUACCAGCUCCUGGCGCUGAAGAGGGGCUCAGGGCUGGAUCAGGCUGGGGCCCAUGCUGUAUUGGGCUGAUAAGGUUAUUUCUUCCCCUGCCACUGCGCUUCUGGUCUGACCCCAGCAGGUAGGGGUGAAAGCAGGGUGCAGGGCCUGUAGGGACAGGAGCCAAGCCAGGGCAGAGGAGGGACCUCGGCUCUAGGCAGGAGAGGCUGGGUGCUGUUAUCUGGCUCAGUGGUGCUGGAGAAGUGGCUGCAGCUUCCUGCUGAGGGAAUGCAGGUCAGCGGUGGGCCAGAGCCAGCUCAGACAGCGGGGAGGGGAGCACUAUGGCCAGGCAGUGGGUGUGAAACUGGGGGGGUGGUAUCAGCCACCAGGCUACACAAGCGCCAGGAACCUCCCGCUCUCCAGGGGGAGGCUGUGGCUGUGUUUAAAAUCCCUGAAGCAGCGGCCCGGUGCCAGCCUGCACCUCACGCUUUGUCAGUCCCCACCCAGCCGGGUGCUGCCUGUAGCAGCCUGGCUCUUUACCCUCAUGCGAGCAGGCUCUGGGCUCUGCCUGGCAAAGGCACAAUCCACAGUUUCCUAUCAGCUUCCAGGGGCAGUAGGUGCCUUUUAUCUCCCUUCCCUUGCCCCUGUGCUCUACGGCCUACGUGCCCAUGGCCAUGCUGCUGGGCCCAGCCCCUGUGAGACUGCGGAUCAGGGGGGAGCCCCUUCUCCUACCAGCCUGGGGAUGGUUAGAGACAGGCGGGGGCUUUGCUGCUGUCCGUUAUACAGCAAGAAGUCACACAGCCAGAGCGGGGAGUGUAACCAGCAAGGAUGUGCAGACACGAUCCACCCAGGCCAGCACCAGCUGGCCCCAGCACCUGCUGUGCCAGGCAGCCAUGCCCUUGAAGCCUGCUGGGGCGGUGAGCCAUGGUGUGGCCAGUGUAGGCCACUAGGGGGCACUAUAACACCACGCUGGGCACUAGGGUUUUCGCACAGACUUUCUCCUGCACGCUGCAGCUAGUGGAAACAGCUGGCUGGACCCCCCCGGCCCUGCGCUAGGACAGCGCUGCUUGCAGAGCCGCAGGAGAGGGGUUCAAUUCCCGCCCUCCCGUUGGCGCACAAGGUCGAGAAGCACUUUUUGCACUCCGAGCCCCCCUCCCCGUGACUAAGUGCCAGCUCCGUGCCUGGCUGGUGCGUUCUGUAUCAUAUCAAUAAAGAUUGCACUUCACCGA